AUGUCGGAUGCUAGAGAUAGUUUUGCUGACCUCGAAAAGCAUCGUCUACGGCUUGAAGAUAGUGUCAAUCAGCUACAGAAAGCUCUGCAGCACUGGCAAACCUGGGAUGCUGAAUAUGAGGGACUCAAAGAGGAGGUCGAGGCGGUGACCGCAGUCGACGAAGCCAAAGAGCUGCAACGCAUACAUGGCGAAUUUGACGGCGAGCUCCUAAGUAGGACAGAAAUUGACGAGAUCUUCGGCCAGCCAAAGUUAAAGACCAGGGAACAGAUUGUUAAUGUCCUUGAGCGCCGUAUUGAUUAUGUGUCUAAGAAUAUUGAGACGCUGCAGAAGCAGCUUGAGACCGCCGAGAACAAGCACGCUGCCGCUACAGUCAUCAGUCAGCCUGAUGCUACCGACGAACAAGGACAGCCUAUUCUGGACAUUGUCGAAGAACUGGACGACGACGACAACGUUGUCUCGUUUCGGCUGAAUAAGCCCGGCGAGUCCUUUGGAGACGUGGAAGCUCUUCUCAAAAAAGCUGGAAUCUCAGAUGCUUCAAGUUCCAAGGCUGGGCAAAAAGACACAGUCAUUGAGAAGGCUGAGGCUCAGCAGAAGCCGCCUAAAACCAAGGAACAAAUCCUUGAUUCUGUGGCUCCAUCUGAGCCUCUUACAAAAUCCGAUUACACCCCCAAAAAAUCUGUAUCCUUUUCGGAAGACACAAAGGCCGCUGAAGAACCAGAACAAGAGCCUGAGAUUUCAUGGAGGGCAAAGCGUGUCAAAGAGAUUAUGAGCUCCGCUAAAGACCAGGAGGAUAUUAGCAUGCAAGCUGCUGUUAUACCCAAAGACGAGUCGCCAGAAGAUUCAGCUUUGCGGCAGCAGAUGCUGAGAUAUGGCAUGAGCGAAGUCGGGGCAGUUGUUGCCGAGCUUGAGCUUGAGGAAGGCGACUCAGACGAAGAGGAAGACAUUGACGACGAAUUUGAUGAAGAUGAAGAGGACGACGAGGAUCAAUACGGACGUUACAAGGGCAGCGUUGUCACCGACAAGUAUCGCCAGCGAAUGCUUCAACUCGAACAGAAACUUGGUAUCAAGUCACAAUCGUCAAUGUCUCAGCCUAAAGCCGACGAGGCGGAGUCAAGCGACAAUGAUUAUGACGAAGGCAUUGGCCGCAUUCUGGUAAAGCAAGAAGCUGAUGCAUCCUCACCAUCUACCGCCUCGAAAGCAGCAGUUCCAGUAAAGUCAAAUCUCAAGGAGAAGCAAAUCGGGGAUUCCGAGUCAAAGAAGGGCGUGCGGUUUGCGCCCAGUCUUGAUAUAGCUCCUGAAAGCGAGCCUUCUGCCCCUACGGUCAGCGACACAAAGAAGGAUGUCGUAGAUCCUCUAAGCGAUAUUGUUGAACGAUCUAGUUCUUCAAAACCAGUCCAACCUCCAGCUCAGCCAGCUAAAAGAGCGUCACGGUUCAAGAAGGCCAGGGAUAAUACAGAUCCAGCAAGUGCUGUUCCCAAGGGGCCCUUGGAUAUUCGGCCAAAGUUUAUGGAAGAGGAGCGACAGCAAGUGCCAACCGGUCCAGAAGGCACCACCAUCGCCGAUACUCUAGUCGAGCGAGAGCCUGCAGUCGCUGCGAUCCCUCCGGAUGAGGUCAACGAUGCAAUGGCCCACCAAGAGGUUGCUGACGAGUAUCAACGCAUACGCAGAAAGUUUAUCCAGCGAGACGGUGGGUUUCUCAAACCGGAUGAGUCUCCCAUCAAACCCAUAUACGACGAGGAAAAUGAGGAACCCAUAAGCCGGUUCAAAGCGGCUCGGCUUUCCCGCCAGUAG